CCUCCUCCCCAUAGGCUGUCUGUUUUGUGAGAGACUGCCAUCCCACAGUUUCCGCUGGGAUUAGAAUAGUCACAGUAAAUCGAAUUUUGUUGCAUUUUUCCGUUUGGAUGUGGGGAAAUUAAAGAUUCAAAAGGACCGGACACAUGAGGGAAUCCAGGAUGAGUGUGGAGAGCCUGAGCCAGAAGGAGAUGCUGACGCUGCUGAGCAUUCUGGAGGGAGAGCUGGAGGCGCGGGACCUGGUGAUCGAGUCCCUGAGGGCCCAGCGCAGAGAUGCCUUUGUGCAGGAGCGCUACGGGAAGUACAACCUGAGCGACCCCUUCCUGGCCCUGCAGCGGGACGGUGAGGUCAUGAGGGGGCGGAGCCCCGCGGGCCAGGUGAGCCCCGCCCCCCCGGCGGCCCCCCCCAGCCCCCUGGCCGUGCUCAAGCUGGUCAUGUCCCACUGCAAGCGCAUGCAGGAGAAGAUGCUGGCCCAGCUCGCCGCCGCCGAGAGCAGGCACAGAAAGGUCAUCGCGGACCUGGAGGAGGAGAAGCGGCGGCAUGCGCAGGACACGGCGGAAGGCGAUGAUGUCACCUGCAUGCUGGAGAAGGAGCGGGAGCGGCUCCUGCAGCAGCUGGGCUUUGAGAGCUCCCAGGUGAAGCGCAUGCAGAAGGAGCAGAGGAGGCUGAGGACGCAGCUGGAGGAGAGCCGUCUGCAGCACAAGCAGCUCACCUCCUCCCUGGCCAAGGAGGGCCAGCGGGGGGCGGAGCUCAGCCGCAGGCUGGAGGAGGAGCGGGCCGCCGCGGAGGCGCUGAGGGCGGAGCUGGAGGCGGAGCGGAGGCAGGCCCUGCGGGCGGAGGCGCGGGCGGAGGAGCAGCUGGCCGAGUUCGACACGGAGAAGGAGCAGCUGAGGGCGUGGCUGAGGAGGGAGGAGGGGCGGGGCCAGGAGCUGCAGGCGGAGGUGGAGCAGCUGAGGAGCGCGCUGGCCAGGCUGGGAGGAGGCGCGGAGGAGGAGAGCCGCACCCAGACUGACUCGGGGGAGAAGCCGAGCGGUGACUCCUCUGCCCCACACAAGCUGAACGGGCACCAUAGUGACAGGGAGGCGGAGGCCUGCAAGGAAAACGGGUGUGACAACAGGGCCCCGCCCCCUACUUUACAACCUCAGCAAAACCCCGCCCCCGUGCCAUGCCACACCCUCGGCUCCUCCCCCUGCUCCUCCCCCCUCCUGGCCCGGCAUCCGGUGGGCGUGGCUCCAUCCAGCCCCUCCUACCAGGCGUCCUACCAGGCGGGAAUCCACCAGCGUUUCCACGCCACGCGACACAAGUUCCAGGGCCAGCCGGAGCAGGACCAGCAGGGCGGCGCCACACCCCGCUCCCCCCGAGAUCUGUCUCCGAAUCCAGCCGCCCCUCCAACCCCGUCUGCCUUACCCACCGCACCCACCCCCUCCGCCCCGUCCACCCCCUCCGCUCUACCCACCCCGCCCAUUCCCGCUGACCCGCCCACCCCCUCCACCCCUACCCCCCCCUCCGCCCCGCCAGAGCCCGCCUCAGUGAAGCAGCUCGCCCGCAACACGCUCACCCAGGCGCUGUCCCGCUUCACUGGCCAGCAGGGCGGCGCUAAGCCUGCGGCCCCCCCCAGCUCCCCCACCGGCAGCGACUGCCGCAGCCCACCUCUGGGCGCGGCCCCCACCCCCGCCAGAGUCACUAGCCCCAUCUCCCCGGGAGUGAAGUCCCCCAUCAUUCCCCGUGCCGAGAGGGGCCACCCACCCCCCAUACCCCCAAAAAAGCCCGGUCUGGCCCAGACCCCCAUGUCCCCCGGACCCUCGCCCCGGGCCAGCCACUUCCACGAUCUCUCCAGCACCUGCAGCCUCACCAGCAGCCAGGAGGGCAGCAAAGAGCCAGACCUGGUCCUGUCCUCCACCAGCUAACCUGUGCAACAGCGCCCCCUGUCCCCUCCCACCGCACAUUACACCCUGACACACCCCCCUAUACUCAAAGACUCAGAUAUCUGAAACACUGUCCAGUUUAUUUAUUUCAGUUUUUCACCUUCAAACCUUUCCUACAUUAUCUCCGCCUGUACAGGGGUGCAGAAAUUUAAUCUCGACCAUUAUGGGUACUGAUAUUAACUCAACACAGCGAGUGAAUGAUGAGUAAAAUGUAAUAUAAAAUGUAAUGAAUAGUUCUGGCUGAAGUGCCUAACUGCUCGCUCAGGUGAGCAGCAUACAUUUUUGUUUCUCUUUUUCUCUGUCUUGAACAGAACAAAAGAAGUCAGUUAGGAAUCAGGAAGCUGGUGAGAGCUGCUAUGCAUUUAGAUAGGACAUAAAGUAGCAGAGUGCUGCUGGGAAAUGAAGUCCAUUAAUUCUGGAGGGCAUCAGCAACACUGUGAAAUGUCAGUGAGAGUGAGUGUUUACCCACUGCUUCAGUUCUGACGGUUGAUAUUCCCUCCUUUGCCAUGAGUUGAUCCUCCAUGGCUUCCUCCUCACAAUCUAGAAUGGGAUUGGUUGGCUGCUGUUAUGAAAAGGCAGGCCUCUCUUAUUGGUUGUUUAAAUGAAAAGGCAGGACUCUUAUUGGUUGCUUUUAUGAAAAGGCCUAUUCUGCCUCAGUUUGGAGGAGAGGAGAGACAACGAAGGCUCCUUAUUUACGCUUCUGCAAAUGUAAUUAAGUGGGGUUUUUUUUUUAACCCAAACUACAGGCCUUUCCUUUCAGAAGUCUCUAUAAAAGGCGUCACUCAUUCAAUGAUUAUUAUUCUGUACUUCAUGGGUGAUUUGGCUUAUUGAUUGAUUCCAAUAAUGGUGAGGGAAAACUGUCUCUGCUUACAGGGAAAUCAAAAGGGGCAGGUUUUCAGGCCACGGAAUGGCAGUAGUGGAAUCUUUCAAAAGCCAGUGAAGAAGGUACCGUCCGCCCAAUGCUAGUUUAGCCUCGUUAGCUUUCCUGUGCUUUUCACCCACCCGGCUCGGCACUUAACCUCCCAGAUAAGUGACCUCCAUUUGCACAAGGUCACGAGCAUUUUAGACCAGGACAGGGAUUCUCUCCCUUCAAACUGUUCAUAUGGACAGGUUCUGACAUUAAGCAUAUCGAAGCCAGCUUCUACAUUUUAAAAUCAUGUUUGUAAGAAAAGCAAAGUAAUUUAUGCACAUUUAUGUAUAUUAAUCGAUAUAUAUAUAUAUUCCCUCAAAAUUGUUUCACCGAUCACCACCAUCAUUUGACAUUAAGGACCAAAUCCAAUAGCACUGUUUUUUUUAUUAAAAGUGUACGUUUGUGUGUGUGUGUGUGUGUGUGUGAGCGGACAAGGAUGUGCACGUCUAUAUUGAUAAAUGUAUUGAUAAAAGUAAAUACACUGAAUCUUAAUUUUUUUUUUUUUUUUUACAGAGUAAGACCAUGAUACCAUGUAUGCUAUUUUUACAUAUUGUAUCCUAAGAUUAAACUAUGCAUAAAUCUGCCUUUUUGUGUCUGCAGCCAAAUAGAAUGGUUAUCAGGCUGGCAGACACUGAAUUUAGAAAACUUUUUUAAAGUUGACAACGUGCAGUCCAUUCUAACAGAUGCAUUUGGAAAUUUCCUGUUAUUUUAAUUCACAGUCGUUCUCUCCACAGUCUUUUAUACGUUCAUGUAAAUGAUCCAGAGCACUGUGUUGGGAGAUGUGUCACUCUUCAUCUUUUUCCUGCAGACAGGGCAUUUCUGUUGUCCUCUGUUUUCAUAAAAAAGGCCUCCUGUUGUACAUCGCUGUGUUUCUCUGUACAAUGGCAUUCAUUAAUAUCAACACGGAAUAUAAAACGCA